AUGCCGGACACCUUCAGUGGCUGUGCACAAGUGAAAGCUGUACACGCUUCUGCUUUACUGGGCACCGCUAUCGUUGCCGUUGUUGAUCAAUACAACCGAUCACAAUUACUACGUGCUGUAUUGGAUUGUGGCUCCAUGAGAUCGAUUAUCACUACCCGAGCUGCCCAGCAACUUGGUAUCACCAUCAUGCCCGCACGCAUUCAGAUUAAUGGUAUCUCUGAACAAGCGACCGCUGUAAAAGGUACCACUCAUUUGACACUGCUAUCUCGACCGCAGUUUAACACCUUUCUCCAAACUGAAGCCCUUGUCUUAGAGCAAAUAGCUGGUGACCUACCCGCUUUUCCAAUCAGCAGUGAGCUCAAAACCUCACUUUCACAUUUGGAUCUCGCUGACCCUGGUUUUGACCAACCCAAUAGGAUAGACCUCUUGAUUGGAGCUGACAUUUAUCCUAAUGUAUUUGUUUCUUCCGCCAAUGCUAUUAUACCAGGAAAUCCCGCUGCCUUCGCCACUAUAUUUGGCUAUGUUCUGAGUGGAAAGCUAAAUAUUGAGGACUCGCCUGCUCCGCUUCAUCAGAUGCAACUUAUCUGCACCAUGUUUGCCCGCGAAGAACCGCUUGCUGAGGUCAUGAACAAGUUUUGGGAGACUGAAGAUGUCCAAAUAAAUGCGAAACUCUUAUCACCUGAAGAUGAACUCUGUGAACAGCUCUAUGAGUCCACUACCUACCGCAAUGAUGAAGGCAGAUAUGUAGUCGCACUCCCCUUCAAGCCUAGCGCGCCUGUUCUUGUUUCAAACCGCAAGCAAGCUUAUCGAAGUCACCUUGGAUUAUUAAAACGCUUGGAAAAUUCUUCGGAACUAAAGAAGAAAUACGACAACUUCAUGACAGAAUAUCAUGAGCUUGGCCACUUGGAACUUGCCAAAUCCGCUUCUGACUAUGUGAUUCCACACCAUGCAGUUUUUAAAAUAAGGACCCCACUCAGAAAUUCAGGGUGGUGUUUAAUGCUUCCAGCAAGGAUACCAAUGGGCAUUCACUAA